ACUCAGUCUCAGUUCGUCAAAGUGUAAAGAGCUCAACGCCAAGGAAAACGUGCCUCCUUUCGACGAUUGGAAAUGGAUAAAUUAAAACUAGGAAUGUUGGCUCUGAUAUGGCAAUCAUUGCUGUACGAAUUUAGCCUGGCUAAUAGAACCGUGGACGUUCAACACAAAAAGCUCGAUUUCCCGAAACAAGAGCUUGUAUUCAGUUCCGAGUCAUACGUUGAUGGCAAUGAUGUAUACGCAGCAUGCAAGACUGUAGACAAGAGUGACGAGAGAUUGUGUAAAGUAGUACGUGAAAAAGCGCCAAAUUCAAGAGAAAUUCAAUCAUGUGAUGUAACCCUGAAAUUAGAUAAUAGAACCGAGAAAAGUGAUAAAAAUAAUGAUAAACUGAGUGUAGUUCCUCUGGGAAAGGAUUAUGCUGUGUUUUACUUGGCUGAAGAAGGAAAGAACGCGAGUGUCAAAUUCAGUAUUAUCAAUUUGAACAAUUGUAAAAUUGCCGUAAACAAAAUAUCUGUCAUGAAUCCGGAAAAAGACCCUAAAUAUACUGUCAUUGUCGUUCCUUAUAAUGAUUCUUUUGAUGUUUAUUAUAGAGAUUCAAACAAGUGCGGCGAUGUAGGAUUUUGUAAGAUAAUUAUUAAUAUCGAGGGCAAAAUAGUUAAUGGUCCAAUUGCUGCUAUCAAUACGAAUUUAUAUCAGUCAUUUUUCCCAUACGUUGUUCCAAUGUGUAAACAAUCGCGGAACAAAGGUAUUUUCUACAUGAAGUACGUCAAUGGUAGCCUCAGCGAAUAUCAUUUAAUUCUGCAACAACCUGACGGAAGUGAAAAAUCAUUAGGACAGCACAAAGCUUACUCUCCUACCAGAAAGUCAACGACGAACGAUUUGAUUGGAGUAUGCUUAACAAGCGAUCUAGUGAAUUCGACAAUCAAGUGCGUGCAAUACGACGCCGAUGGCACGUUGAAAUUUGAAGUCGAUGCAAUGACUACUAACGACAGUGCUGCUAUUGUCCACGUAUACAAUUUACCAAAGGGUGGUCUGCUAUUACUUGUUGGCAAGUGCGUAGAGAAACGCGAUUGUGAAUCGGACCAAGUCAGUUUUAUGGUUGUCAAAAUGGAUUCAACUGGUAAAAAACUUGGGUCGUUCGAUCUUGAUAAAUUCAAUUUUGAAACUAACGUUCCAGGACUUAAAUUAGUUCCAGUAUUCUAUAUUAAUAAGGAUAAUAAAUAUUGUAUUUCAAUAGUACAAUAUCAGAGUACUGAUUCUGGAAGUCGCACUGUAGGUUACAUCAGUUCGACUACUUCGUGCCUCACCGAUGCACAUUUUUCAAUAUAAUGUUUAAAAGCUAACCUUGAUAGAUAUUCAUUUUUCAGUUUUUUAAUUUUUCAAGCUACUUCUAAUAAAUGUCCAUUUAAAAAGCAAUUCACUACGAGUAUUUUAGUUUCAAAUAAGUUAAGCUUCUGUAUGCUUAGUGCGAAAGCAUAUUUCCUUUUGACAACAUGUUGCAUUGCUUACUUUGUUUCAGUUUGAUUUAUAUACUUAACUAAUAACGCUUCUGCACACGGUUUCGUUAGAAAAAAAGUCAGACAUUGAUAUUAUAAGGAAAUCUAACAUGCAGCCAUUACUUUUGUUUAGUUUCUAAAUGUAUACGAGUAAAGUUAAGAAAUUUAUCCUUAAGUUGUGCACAUAGCAGAAAGCGGUAUUGUUGAUAUAUCAGGAACUAGAUAGCUUCAAGUAGAGCAAUACAUUUCUCAGUUACGGUACCAGACACAAAAGAGUCAAUUCAAAAGACGUGUUUUUCGCUGAAGCUGGUGAAAUAUUUUCUAACAACGAUAGCUUGAUCUUUUCAAAUUUAGAUAUAUGCUAGGUGAUAUUAAUAAUAAAGAUAUUAUUAAUAUACUUGAAAAAAUAAUAAGAUAUUGAUAAGAAAUUAUAAAAAGCAGGUUUAUAACGUUGAUUACAUCCAGAUCAGAUUAGCAUUGGGAAAAAUGUAAUUGACAGCUUUAGUAGUUUAUUUUUGGGAACAAAACAUAUUUAGAUGGACAGAAUAUAUUUGGUUCAUGUAUAAAAGACAACAUCAAUAAUGUCACAGACGCUGACUCAUGUUCACAGAUACAAGAUCAUCACAAAACUCAAUUUUCAACAAGUAAACAAAAGUAAAAAGAUUGAAAGAUUCUCUAUAUCUUUUAUCGAAGAGAACUAUGCUUCAUAACAUUUGAUUGAAGAAUGAAACAGGAAUAAGCACACUAUCGUGAACUGCAAUAAAUGCAACGUUAUAGGUACUGAAUUAAUAAUAGAGAGUGGUCCUCGCUAUCUAUUAUUAAUUCAGUAUUUCACCGUGUGUAUCUUACCAUAAAGUGAAUGCAUCGACGACUUCUAUAGAAAUCCAAGUGGUUUUGAUAAAUAUUUGAGUGAGAAAUUUACUACCUGACCAAUUAAUUCUCCACUUUGUAAAGAAUCACGUGAUAACAUUUUUUUACGGGAAGCUCAAAAGACUAUCUCAUAUGUGGAUUACAGUUCCUUUUUAUCUGUUUGACAAUUAUAUGAGUCAAUUUCAUUUGAAUAAUCUGAAAAAGAAAUUAUUAUUACUAUCUUUCAUCAUUUUUAUGCAAAAAAAGAUAGGAAAGGUCAAACUUAAAUAAGUCAACAAGUCUCUAUUUUAUCCAUGAAGUGGCUGAUAACAUAUUCAGCGAAAUAUUGGAUGGAAUAGAGAGUUUUCGAUUUAUUUAAGAGUUACCCUUCCCUACCGCUAAAUUUUCCUUUUUCGCAUAAUCUAAAAAAUGUUUGAAUAUAGAAGAAAAUACUAAUUUUUUAUCGUUAUUCAAAUAGUACUGAUUUCCUGGAUAUUUAUAAUAUUUUUUUUAAAUUGUUCAAAUAAGUAUAUUUUUCUAGCAUUCCAAAAAUUACCAUUUGCACAAUUACACAAGUGCGUCUAUUUUAUAAAUACCUAGAUUGAUGUAUCAUACCAUUGAUACUUUAAACAUAUUCGUUGAACUAACAAAACAAAUAACUCUUGUUACUAUUAAGAGAAGUACGAAGACUUGACUUUAUAGAUAUGACUCACGGGCCGUGAGAUAUCGCAUUUACUAAUUAAUUUAUUUAGCGAUGCAGAUUUUUCAGAGCUAGAUUAUCCUUUAAAUAUUAAUCGUACUACAUUCGAAUGAGACAUAAAUGCAUACUCCGUAUUGUAUUUAUCAACUUUAACGAUUUAUCGGACUCUUUAAAAAAAUUGCUUCGAAUAAAAGCUUCAGAAAAAAAUUAUAGGUCUUGAAAGUAAUAGAAAAAUAAUUGAUCGUUUGCAUACAGAUCUAGAGCUGGGUCAACUAUCAUGAUUUUGAAAGUAAUAUCUAGGUAUCGAGGGUAAAAAAUCUAUCAGUUAACUUAAUGCGUAGCGGAAACUGAUGAUUUUGUCUCCAAGUAUCUCGUCGCUGCGAAUAGCAGCAGUCAAACUCAUAGUUUGAACUCAGUCAUAGCUCGAAAUGCAAAGCGUGCAUUACAAGGUACAUAUUUCUACAACGUGUUUCUUAUGAAUACGCGAUCCGAUUAUCUGGUCAUUUUGGAAUAACUAUUGCAGAUCACGAGAAUUUUCCGUAAUUGAAUACAACAUAGGCUAAGUAAGAGAUGGCAAUUAUGAAGGGAACGAUAUUAGCAAUUGUCUGUUUAAUUCACAUAAACCAGAACAGCGCUGCAAGUCAAAUCCAGCGUGACACACUUGAUUUUCCGGAGCAAGAGCUGAUUUUCAAUUACGACUCUUACAGAGACGGAACAGUUACAUAUGCCACUUGCAGAAAGAACAACGCGACAGACGAGCGCAGGUGCAAAGUAGUACGCGAAAAAUCUCCUCAUUCGAGGGAAACUGAGUCGUGCGACGUAAUGCUGAAACUAAAUCACCGCAAAGGCAAGAUCGGAAAGAAAGCCGAUGAGAUUUUCGUAGUACCCUUGGGACAAAAUCGCGCUCUCCUUUACUUGAUUGAAAAGGGCAAGGAUGCGAGUGUCAAAUUCGAUACUAUUAAUUUCAGAGAUUGUAAGGUUGCUCAAACUGAAAUUUCAAUUAUGAAUCCCGAUCAUAAUGCCAAGCAAGCUGUUAUCGUUGUCCCUUACAACGAAUCCUUUGAUGUUUACUACCGAGAUACCAACAAAUGUGGCGAAACUGGGCAUUGCCAGAUAACUAUUAGCACCGAAGGCAAACAAAUUAAAGGACCAGAUGCCACUAUCGACGUUAAUCUAUACCUAUCAUUUUUCCCGUACGUCGUUCCAGUUUCCGACCGAUCGCGCGACAGAGGUAUUUUUUAUAUGAAGUACAUUGCCGGCAGUACCAACGAGUUUGAAUUUAUUUUACAAAAAUCUAAUGGAGAGAAGAAAUCGCUAGGCAUACACAGAGCCUAUUAUCCAACUAUUAAGUCGACGACUCAUGAUCUCAUUGGCGUAUGCUUCACCAAAGAUCCCAGUAGUUUGACCUUCAACUGUGCUCAAUACGAUGCGGAUGGUAAUUUAAAGUUUCAAACCGAUGCGGUCUACUCCGGUAAGAAUGCCGCAGUCGUUUAUGGGUAUAAUUUGCCAAUGGGAGGCUUAUUUGUAUUCGCCGGCAAAUGUGCUAAAACAACUUGUGAAUUGGACGAGGUGGAUUUCUUCAUUAUUAAGAUUGAUUCCACCGGCAAGCAAGUAGGAUCAUUCAAUAUUGGAAAAUUAAAAAUAGAUACUGUCAUCAAAGGAAUCAAGGUGGUUCCUUCGUUGUAUACUAACAAAAAUAAUGAGUAUUGUAUCUCAAUUGCAACCUAUAAGAGUGUGGACUCGGGAUACCACGACAAAGGUUACAUCAGUGCGACAGCUUAUUGCUUUACUGAAGCAGAUUUUACGAAGUAAAUAUUCUAAUCGAGCACUUUCAAAGAGUAUUUUAUUCGAAAUCCACCAUUGAUAUAAUCUCAUUCAAAUAUCCAUACAACAUUUAUUAAUUAUCAGAAUCAACCGAAAGAACUUCCCAACAAUCUUUAUAAUAAAUUUCGUUUGAAUAUAUUUUUGCAAAGAAUUAUCCAUUGCAACCUCAUUCAUGAGUCUAAAACACGAUAAAAUUCAUUCGCUUGUCAUUAUUGUGUAGUAAACGAAUAUCAGUCAUCGUAAAAAAAGCAAUAUUUUUCAUUACACAAGUAAUACCAUCGAUCAAAAAAACAAGCGAAAUUGCUGAAAUUUUCCAGAACGAUGGAUCGAACGAAUAACGGACUAGCGCACUCAUCGUAACGUGGGAAAAGCGCGAACUCACUCCUUCCUCGCUCUCUCUCUCUCUCUCUCUCUCUCUCUUCUCCCCAAAGCCGCACUGAAAAUCCCACAGGGCGACGAUGAUUAAUCGUCUUCCUCGAUUUCCGCGAAAGCCUGUGCUCUUUCGCAUCGACUCUCUCCUUUGCACCUAAACGCUUUUGCACACACACGUACACAGGAGACCACCACUACCAGAGCCAUCACGUCAUUCGCAGCAGCCGCACCGACGAUAGCGCUAUCAUGAAUAAUUUACAGGCUGAAAGCUUUUCGGACAAACAUCCUCGCCGCGCCAGCCGGAUUUAAAAUUCCGAUUGACCCCACGUUGGCGAUGUUGCGUAGUAGUAGUAGGUAGAUACAUGCAAGCACGCCAUACCGAUCGUUUGGGAGAGAGAGGACACGUCUCGAUAUCGAGAUUUCCGUUUGCCGCAGCUUGAAAGUCCAGCACGUCACUGAUGGAUACACUUUGCUUGCCGCUCGAUUUCAGAGAAACGCACGAGUGGGCGAGUGAAUUUUCAUAUUUAUUUUUCACCUGGAAAUUCAUAGCACGUCGAUGGCAUUGUAGUUGUUUGCUUUCGCGUUUACGCAAUAAAUUGCCUGUAAUUUUCUUAGUUUUAUCAAUUGUUACAUGUCAAUGCGAACGACAUCUUUGAUAUUAAUUACAAGCCAGCGAAUCGCAUGAUUUUCGUAUGUUUCAAAUAAAUACUUCAUAUGUAACCUUGAAAUUAGAGAGAUGUGUAAAACUAUUUUGGGAAAUUAUCAGUGCUAGAAUUUAUGUUGU